AGUGUCAAAGGAUCUCUAAGGGAUGUUGCUCAUUGGUCGUGAUGUCCAGACUGGCUGUAGUGUUCGGGGGUUCGCGUGGCAUUGGGCGAGCAGUUUCUCAGCUGUUAGCACAGAGGGGUCAUAAGGUUGUGCUAUUGACUAGGAAUAAGGAGGCUGCACAGGUUACGGCUGAAUCUCUCCCUGGAGAAAAACAUUUGGGUCUAAGCUGUGAUGUCUCUAAAGAAGAAGACGUUCAGAGAGCAUUUGAGACCAUCAGUAAGACCUGUGGCACUGUGGGAUACCUGGUUAACGCAGCUGGCAUCAACAGAGAUGCAUUGUUAUUGAGGAGUAAAUCUGAAGACAUGCUCUCUGUUCUUCACACCAACCUGCUGGGCUCAAUGCUGAUCUGCAGAGGCGCUCUACGGAGCAUGCUCAGUCACGGAGGAGCUAUUGUCAACAUAGGUGGGUCUAAUUUCUGUGUGUCCCACUACCUUAUGAUCUUGUAUAUUAUUUCAAUUCAGUGUCACGAAGUUCAAGCUGGAGAAAAGUCUCCCUGCAUUAGCAGCUGGGCAGUUUUGGUUCAUUUAAUCACCACUAGAUGGCGCAGAAGCUUCAGAUUUUAA